AUGGCUGCGAAAGAUGUAUGGGAGAUUUGGCCUCUCGCGAGAUCUAUGGGCGUGUGGCAAGGUGGUUUGGGUUUGUUACCGGAAGAAUUGGUGCUAAUUUUUGUGUCUCUGUGUAUACAGGCGCAAGUCAUUGCGAACUCGGGUCACGAUGACAUGAUUCACGACGCGGUACUGGAUUACUACGGUCGACGCCUCGCAACGUGCUCGAGCGACAAGACGAUCAAGAUCUUCGAGAUAGACGGGGACCAACACCGGUUAACGGAGACUCUCAAAGGACACGAAGGCGCAGUCUGGUGCGUAUCGUGGGCGCAUCCCAAGUUUGGGACGCUCCUCGCGUCGUCAUCGUAUGAUGGCCGCGUGCACAUCUACCGCGAAACACCGUCCCAACAGCCCAACGGCCCGGCGCAAUGGACACUGGUCUUCACGUCGACCAUCCACACGGCGAGCGUCAACAUGGUGUCCUGGGCGCCGCCCGAGCUAGGCUGUCUGCUAGCGUGCGCCAGCUCCGACGGCAACGUCAGCGUGCUCGAGUUCCGCGACAAUCAAUGGGCGCACGUCAUCUUCCCCGCGCACACCAUGGGCGUCAACGCCGUGAGCUGGUCGCCGGUCGGCGCGCCGGGUGCCAUCACGCGCAAAGACGGCGGCGGAUCGUCGACAUCAUCUGCGUCUGCGUCUGCGUCGCCGGUGCGCCGCUUCGUCACGGGCGGCAGCGACAACAGCGUCAAGGUGUGGGAGUUCAACGCGCAGAGCCAAACCUACGAGACCAGCGUGGUCCUCCCCAACGGGCACGUCGACUGGGUGAGGGACGUGUCGUGGAGCCCGACGCUGCUGAGCAAGAGCUACAUUGCGAGCGCGAGCCAGGACAAGACGGUCAAGAUCUGGACGUCGGUGAACCCUGCCGACGCCGCUUCGUGGACGCUGGCCAAGACGCUCGAGUUCGACGCCGUGCUGUGGCGCGUCAGUUGGUCGUUGAGCGGGAACGUCCUGGCCGUGAGCGGUGGCGACAACAAGGUCACGCUGUGGAAGGAGGAUCUGAAAGGGAACUGGGAGAUGGUCAGAGAGGUUACCGAGUAG